UACGAGAGCAGCAUCAUGUCUGGCAGAGGCAAGGGUGGUAAGGGACUCGGCAAAGGAGGCGCUAAGCGUCACCGCAAGGUGCUUCGCGAUAACAUCCAGGGGAUCACCAAGCCGGCUAUUCGCCGUCUGGCUCGCCGUGGUGGUGUAAAGCGUAUUUCUGGUCUGAUCUAUGAAGAGACUCGCGGUGUGCUGAAGGUGUUUUUGGAGAACGUGAUCCGCGACGCCGUCACCUACACCGAGCAUGCCAAGAGAAAGACCGUGACCGCUAUGGAUGUGGUGUACGCCCUGAAACGCCAGGGACGCACCCUGUACGGGUUCGGCGGUUAAAAGCUCUAACAACGAACGACGCGAAUACAACGGCUCUUUUAAGAGCCACCCACAUGUCUAGAAAAAGAGCUGUUCCGUGUGGAAAAAAAUCAAAAGCCUUUUUCUUUUGUGAAACAU